UUGCCUAUGUGAAGUUUGUUCUGAUGUGUGCCACAGAAAGUAUUUGACUCUAGCCACAAAAUUAAAUAAAUUAGAGGGGGGAUUCUGGCAGGGGGGAGAUGAUCCGGCUAAUGAUUCGUUGAUUAUUUGAAUCAGCUCAGUAGUGCUAGGGGCAAAAAACAAAACGUGCACACCUUGGGGUCUCGAGGACCGAGUUUGGGAAACCCUGCACUAACUCCUAACACACGAAAAUAUCCGGAGCUCGGACUUGUAAAAUAUUUGUCAAACAUAGCAAAGCUAAACGGAUCAAAUUGCAAAAAAAAACUCCCUGGAGAUGCCGGGGAUUGAACCCGGGGCCUCAUACAUGCAAAGCAUGCGCUCUACCACUGAGCUACAUCCCCUUCCCUGCGUUGUGACACAGAUACACGUGUAUACUACAGUUAUGCCACAAUACGAAAUGAAUUACAAAAUAUAAAUUAAGUACAUAUUUAUUUGCCCGCCGACGGAUUUAUGGUCGUUAAAUACGUUUUAAUUAGGGUAAACAUAAUUGUUGCUCUGUAGGCCAAGUAUUUAGUUGCUACUAGGUCUACAAGGCUAUACUAUAUAGUUUCCGGUAAUGGUAGUGACUGCAGUAGCUACAACUAUUACUAAUGGUAGUGGUAGUAACGUUAAUGAACAGUAAUAGGGCUGUCAUAGGCCUGCUAACAUUAACCCAAUCUAAAAUGAUCUUCAUAACAAAUGUCCACUGACUACUAGGUGACAGGUCAAACACCAACGUGACACAGCAGAUAUGAGAGAACAAAAAUAAAACACUCAUAUGACAGCCUUUGACAUUAGGACAGGGGAGGGACAUCUGAGUCUAAUCCGAGAGAGGGACAUGAUGUUGCGAGACUUUGAAUAAACGGAUCAAUAAAUUCUUAGAGCGAUUUGAAGAUAUCACCAAGAUACUUUUUAAAAGGGAAGAAAACAUUGUAGUAAGAGGGUCAGCCCAGCAAAUAUGCACAACCAACUGAUCCAGUGUUUCGAGGGCUUUCUAUUAAAUGUGUGUUACAUAAAGGAAUAUUUUGAGCUCAUUAUUGGAGCAAUCUUUUACCUUUUUGAGGCCCUUGUGCGCCUGUUCAUCCAGCCACCCAGGAAGGACGUGGAAGGGGAAAUAGUGUUGGUAACAGGGGCAGCCAAUGGUAUUGGCAAACUGAUAGCCAAGGAGCUGGGUCGUCGUGGGGCUACCUUGGUCCUUUGGGACGUCGACUGGGAAGCUCUUGAUGAGACAGCCAAGGAACUUCGCCAGAUACUGGACAUACGUGUCUAUGCCUAUGCUUGUGACUGCAGUCGACGGACUGAGGUGUAUAAAGUUGCAGACAUGGUAAAGAAGGAGGUGGGGGAUGUUUCCAUCUUGGUGAAUAAUGCAGGAGUAGUGACAGGAAAGUACACCUUCACAGAGGCCCCAGACAACCUGGUGGACAGAACACUGAGGGUCAAUGUCGCUGCUCACUUCUGGACAUACAAGGCUUUCCUCCCUGCUAUGAUGUCCAGGAACCAUGGGCAUCUUGUGUGUGUGGCCUGUCAUGGAGGACUGUUUGCUAUGAACGGAUUAGCAGACUACUGUGCCAGCAAGUUUGCAGCUGUUGGAUUUGCUGAAUCCAUUGCCUUAGAGAUGCUUGUCCUCAAGAAGGAGGGGGUCAAAACUACUAUAGUAUGUCCUUACUUGAUCAACACAACCAUGUUUGGAGGAUGUCAGACAAAGUGGCCGUCUUUUCUGCCCAUCAUGGACAAGAGGGAUGCAGCAAAGAUGAUUGUGGAUGCAAUCCUGAGGGAGAAGAUGUAUUUACUGCUACCCUCCAGUCUGUACUUCCUCAUGGCAUUAAAAAGCUUCAUGCCAGCCAAGUUGGGCAUCAUCUUGGUGAAUUUCUUUGGAGGAUUGGAUUUAAUGGAUCGAUUCAGGGGAGUUCCAGUGCCCAUUCUGCCAUACAAAAAGCCUCUGCGCCAAAGAUAUGACAGCAUUGGUGAACCACAGAAUGCAAUAGUCUAUCACAACUAGCUAAUAUAAGAAGAAUCCUACUGCAGUAUUGCAUCUUUUAAGAGGACUUUGUAAAGGAGAUGUUGAAUGGGGGUCAGGUAAUUUGUCAAACAAUCUAUCAUACAUACAGAUAUUCAUAAGUAAGUAAAGUGUACAUUAGACUAGCCUACACACAUUUCUUGAAAUCAUCAGAGGCAGGCAGGCAAUGGCACUGUAUGCAAAUAGCCUAUUUUGAGAAUGUUUAUCAGAGCUAAAUAAAAACAUAUCUUCACAUUA